AUGUUGAGAGCACGUGUUUCUGCUACCAGAUCUUUUAUUCGUCAGUACUCCCAUAAGGAGCUCAAAUUCGGCGUGGAAGGAAGAGCCGCUCUUUUGAAGGGUGUCAACACCUUGGCCGACGCUGUCUCUGUCACUUUGGGUCCUAAGGGUAGAAAUGUACUCAUUGAGCAACAGUUUGGCUCUCCAAAGAUUACCAAGGACGGUGUUACAGUUGCCAGAUCCAUUACUUUGGAGGAUAAGUUCGAGGACAUGGGUGCUAAAUUGCUUCAGGAGGUUGCCUCCAAGACCAAUGAAUCUGCUGGUGAUGGUACUACCUCUGCUACUGUCUUGGGAAGAUCUAUCUUCACCGAGUCUGUUAAGAACGUUGCCGCUGGCUGUAACCCAAUGGACUUGAGAAGAGGAACGCAGGCCGCUGUUGAAGCUGUUGUUGAGUUCUUGCAACAGAACAAGAAGGAGAUCACCACGAGCGAAGAGAUCGCACAGGUGGCUACUAUUUCUGCCAACGGAGACUCUCACAUCGGUAACUUGUUGGCUUCUGCCAUGGAGAAGGUUGGUAAGGAAGGUGUGAUUACCGUUAAGGAAGGUAAGACAUUAGAGGAUGAGUUGGAAGUGACUGAGGGUAUGAAGUUCGACCGUGGAUUCAUUUCUCCUUACUUCAUUACCAAUACCAAGAAUGGUAAAGUUGAGUUCGAGAACCCAUUGAUUUUGUUGUCUGAGAAGAAGCUCUCUUCAAUCCAGGACAUUUUGCCAUCUUUGGAGUUGUCUAACCAGACCAGAAGACCAUUGUUGAUCUUGGCUGAAGACGUCGAUGGUGAAGCUCUUGCCGCUUGUAUCUUGAACAAGUUGAGAGGUCAGGUCCAGGUUUGUGCUGUUAAGGCUCCAGGUUUUGGUGACAACAGAAAGAACACUUUGGGUGAUAUUGCUAUCCUCACUGGCGGUACUGUUUUCACUGAUGAAUUGGACAUCAAGCCAACCAAUGCCACAAUCGAGCAAUUGGGAUCUGCUGGUUCCAUCACCAUCACCAAGGAGGACACCGUGGUAUUGAACGGAGAGGGAAGCAAAGAUAACAUCCAAGCUAGAUGUGAACAAAUCAGAGCUUCUGUUGAGGACACUGUGACGACUGAAUACGAAAGAGAGAAGUUACAGGAGAGAUUGGCAAAGUUAUCUGGAGGUGUUGCCGUCAUUAAGGUCGGUGGUUCCUCUGAAGUUGAAGUUGGUGAAAAGAAGGACAGAUAUGAUGAUGCUCUUAACGCUACCAGAGCAGCUGUCCAGGAGGGUAUCUUACCAGGUGGAGGUACUGCUUUGAUCAAGGCUACCAGAAUCUUGGAAGGCGUGAAGGCUAACGCCUCCAACUUCGACCAAAAAUUGGGUGUAGACAUUAUUAAGUCUGCUAUUACUAAGCCUGCUAGAAGAAUCAUUGAGAACGCUGGUGAAGAGGGUGCUGUUAUCGUGGGUAAAAUCUACGAUGAGCCUGAAUUCAACAAGGGUUACGAUUCUUCUAAAGGUGUGUUCACCGACAUGAUCGCAACCGGUAUUAUUGACCCUUUCAAGGUUGUCAAGAACGGCUUAGUUGAUGCUGCUGGAGUUGCUUCUUUGUUGGCCACAACUGAAUGUGCCAUAGUGGACGCUCCUGAACCAAAGGGCCAAGCUCCAGCCCCACAGAUGGGUGGAGGCAUGCCAGGCAUGGGCUUUUAA